GCCGCCUGUGCAUAGACUACAAGAAAAAAAAGUUUCGGACGGUCGCGGAGUGCGCGGGAAAAAUUUAAAAACGUGUUGUGCGUUCGAAAAUUUGACGUGUGUGCGUUUUGAUUUUAGUGGUUGCUGAGAAGAUAUAUUUUUUCAGACACAAUGGGUUCUCUGCCUCGGGUCUCAGUGGUGUCGGGUGCGCGGCGCGCGGUCCCCGGGGCUCCGCUGCCGUCCCACCUGGCCCGCCUUGACUGUAGUGACUCUACCGCUCUUGUUUACUCUGAUGAGACCGGCACAGCGCGCGUGACCUACGCGCAGCUUGCGGCGCGUACGAAUGCGCUGGCGCGGGCGUUGGCUUCACGAGCGCGCGGCGCCGGCGCUAACCAGGAUGGCGACUUUGUUGUCGGUGUGUGCAUGCAGCCUACACACAACACAGUGAUGGCGCUCCUCGCGUGCUGGAAGGCCGGAGCGGCCUACGUGCCCAUGGAGCCCAGCUUCCCCCAGCAGCGCAUCAACCACAUAUUGCAGGACGCACAACCUGCUCUGGUAGUCUACGAUGACCGCUGCAACCCCUCAAUGUUCGCCGCCAGUGGCGUGCCGUCAGUCUCCUUCGAGGAGCUGGCGAUGGAAGCGAGUGGGCUUUCUGCGGAGACCCUCAACCCCAUGGAGAUGCUGGCUGACUCCCGGGCUGAUAGCAUUGCCAUCGUGCUGUAUACUUCUGGAAGCACUGGAGUGCCUAAAGGAGUCCGUCUCCCAUACUCCGCCAUCUGCAACCGCCUGUGGUGGCAGUUCCACACUUUCCCGUUCACGGAAACAGAAGCCACCUGCGUCUGGAAGACCGCUCUGACCUUCGUGGACUCGAUCUGUGAGAUCUGGGGCCCGCUGCUGCAUGGACGGUCUUUGCUGAUCCUGUCGAGGGAGACGACUAGAGACCCUCAGAAGCUGGUGCGGGUUUUGGCUGAGAAUCAGAUACAACGACUGGUCCUCGUCCCGACCCUCCUCCGCUCGAUCCUCAUGUACCUCUCCCUGAACCGUUCCGAACGCCCGCUUCAGAACCUGAAGCUCUGGGUCUGCUCGGGAGAGACCCUGAGCAAGGAGCUGGCUGCCCAGUUCUUCCAGUAUUUCGGAGACCACAGCGGCUAUAAGUUGGCGAAUUUCUAUGGAAGCACUGAGGUUAUGGGAGAUGUGACGUAUUAUGUGUUGGAGAAUACUGCACAGUUGGAUAAUCAUAAUACCAUCCCGAUUGGUUCUCCCCUGGACAACUGCGAAGUAUACUUACUCGACGAGGAGAUGCACCCGGCGCGGGAGUCUGAAGUCGGCGAGGUGUGGGUCGCUGGGGCCAACCUGGCGUGUGGAUACGUGGGUGGACAGGCACCUGAUAAAUUCUGCGACAACCCUCAUGCAACAAGCGCAGACUACGGCCGCCUCUACCGCACCGGAGACUUCGGUAUGCUGCAGAAGGGAGUCAUCCUGUACGCUGGAAGGACCGACUCUCAGAUUAAGAUCCGAGGGCAUAGGGUGGAUCUCCAGGAGGUGGAACGUGCUGUCGCCGCCGUCACCGGUGUUGAGAAAGCCGUGGUCCUCUGCUACGGGCUAGCGACCGGCAACCCUGAGAUCCUGGCUUUCGUCACCAUCGAGCCAAAUGCCAAGCUUGGUUCCCAUCACAUAGAGGCUGCUCUGAAGAAUGCCCUUACCUCCUACAUGAUACCCCAGGUUAUUAUGAUUGACACCAUUCCGCUGCUUGUAAACGGCAAAGUGGACAGACAAGCACUGCUGAAGAUGUACGAGAAUACUAAUAACAACGAUGACUCGGAAAUCCCCCUCGACAUCGACUAUUCCGGCGUCGACUCCGACAGCAUGGAUAAGGCCCGGGUCCUCUUCGAGACCGUUGGAGAGGUCCUCGGUCGCUCCGCCAGGGGAGCCCUAUCUGUCAGAGCGGGCUUCUACGAGCUGGGAGGGAACUCUCUCAACUCCAUCUACACAAUCACUAGGUUGAGGGAUAAGGGGUAUUAUAUCGAAAUCAGCGACUUCCUGGAGGCAGCCAACCUCGGAGAGGUGCUUUCGAAGCUGUCCACCAGCCCCGACUGCCAGGGCACCAACCAGCCCAAGUUUACAGCCGAACCGAUGCGCGAUGAACACAAAGACGACGUCAUUGACAUGAUAGUGACUUCGUUCUACGAGAAAGCCGAGCUGGAGCAGUUCCUCCGGCACGAGAUUGAGACGCGCGACUAUGCGCACUGCAUCAGUGCGUGUUGGGCUGCGCUACUGCAAGCACGUCUCUCCGUUGUUCUUAGAGACGACAGCGGAACUCCAGUGGCUGUGGCCUUGAACUUCGAUGCUCGUGACGAGCCAGAAAUCGAACUUACUGGCGGACUCGCCAAAAUAAUGGCUUUCCUGGAAUUCGUCGAGGGUUCUGUCAGAGACACCAUGCUCCCCGAAGGCAAAGGCACCAUCCUCCACUCCUUCAUGAUGGCGACGGCCGAACACCUGAACGCACGCGAGAAUGUGGCCGCGAUCCGCGCGCUAGAACACGCCACCAUGCGCGUGGCGCGCGAGAAACGGUUCCUCGGUGUGUUUACCACCAAUACCAGCCCGCUUACACAGCAACUGGGCACCGAUGUCCUCGGCUUCCAAACCCUCCUCGACUACCAGAUCAACCAGUACGCGGACGAGCACGGCGCUCGCAUCUUCGGAGACGCCCCCGACGACAUGAGGGCCAUUGUGUGCUGGAAAACUGUUGAAUGAGCUGAGACAAUGUAGACUUUAUUAUAAUGUAUGUACGAUUGAGAAUCCUUUAGCUUGAUAAGUUUAUGAUUUGCAAAAACACAUGUUGAACCCCUCACCCCUCUCAGUGAACGUAAGUUAACGUAAGAUUCUGCUGUUCUAUCUCUAAAACCGUUAACUACGUUAAUUCUUCCGACUUUUUGUAGAGGAUAGCACGAUAGACAGAAUUUGAUGUUGCCAACAGAGGCAACAGACAAAUUCAGACACUAUUACUUACUUCAUCAUUAGCCUUUACGUCUAUUGCAGACGAUUUAUGGUGUAACAUACAUUACACCGCCUGGGACGGAAUUAAGGAAACGCAGGGAUGGAUACUUACUUAGUGGAAGAAUAUAUGAGGAGACAUAUUAAUCAGCCCAAUGAUGAAAUCAUUUGGGUGUUCUGCUUAAGGGCCCCACUGAUGCGUUGCGUUGCUUAACCUCGUAUGUCCCUGCGUACUUGUAAAAGUACAAAUUAAAUUCGAGUUAUGAACUCUUAUGGAAAUAAAAGAAAAUUCCAAAUUCAAAAGCAAAUAAAUUGAAUUGGGCCUUACGAGGGUAAUGCGUCGUGCCGCGUUGUUUCGUCGCAUGCGGACGUUUUGCAUAUAUGUACUGCAUAUUUUUAUUCUCCAUGCCCAUUAAAAUGCGUCGACGACGGCGACUCUCUUAGAUAGCUAUAAGUUUAUUGAUACUUUGAAAAAGUUGGCAUAGUAUUAUCAAAUAAAAUAAUUUUGGAGUUUGGAACAAGUACCAGUGAAAACAAUAAGACAUAGAGGCUUUUCCUAUACUAAAGUUGAAUAUGAAAAACCAGUUUAGUAUUGUAGUGAUAAGGUUAGUUUUAAGAUACAACGAAUUUAAUUGGCUUGCCAUUGUAAUUUAUAAUAAUCAAUGUUCUUCCAUUUCUACAUGAAACUACACGAAUCUCUGUAAAGCUAAACAUAAUAUAUUUUGUAAUAAAUAUAUAUGUACAUAAUCAAUAAACGGCCAGUCUCAAAAAAUUGUAUAUUACACACCUAGGGCAGGAAAAUAAGAAAGUGAUUUACUGGCCGAGCGGUGCAUAUAAUUUUUCUGUACGACGGAGGCGGAAAGCUGCAACUUUGUUUCGAGCAGCGUGCCGAAAGUUGACGCUUUCCGCACGGAGACCAGAAAAAACUGUUACAUGGUGUGGUGGUAAAAUUACAUAAAGAAAACUAGUUUGACUGUGGCCGUAAUGUACAAAACUAAGGUCUAGUUUCUAUGUAAUAUACGGUCAUACGCCCCACGUUGGGCGCCAAAUGUAAUGGGUCAGAACCGGUUUUUUCUUCAUACAAAAAUACCGGUAUUAUUAAGUUCUUUUUUGUACUUUGGUUUAUUAUUUCAUUUUUGAUGGGCCAAUCUAAUAAUACGAAGUCGUAACCUAAAUACAUGAUUCAGUCCUACGGAAUAAGAGCAUAAAAUUCUUAAUAAUAUUGGGUUUUUUGGUAUUUAAUAAAAAAAAACGUUUCCGAGCUCGGCUCGUAAUCGACCAAGUCACAAAUAUGUGAAAGUUUUUCAACCAAAUUUUCGAAAUCUAACAGCUCGUCAUCAUCUACAUCUAAAUAAGUAAUAUUGUAUUACAAAUAGUUUGUAAUGUUUGUAGGUAUGUGUAAAGUAUUGUUAUUUAAAUCUUACUAGAUCUCUCAUAGUUGAGCAGUGAUAAAUACGCUCAGGAACAAUUAAACUGGUGCAAUUUUUAUAUAAAUUGUACCCGUUUAUAUUGUUGUUGACUAUAAAUAUAAGCUACAGCCCAAUUUGUACCUUAUUGUUUUAAUUUAAUUUAUUUAAGUGUUUAAUGUAUUAAAUUAAAAUAAACAA